CAGAGCUCAGGUCAGGUUUUAGACAACUUUCCACUUAGAAAACGCUGUUUUAUGAGCUAAACACUCUGAGGAUUACAGUUUCCACACAGAGGAGGAGGAGAUGGCUGCGACGUUUACUUCAAAUGGGAAUUAAAUACGCGCUUGAAACUUUUGCUUACUUUUCUCCUCAGUGAUUGUCGGACAGUUUUCUUUCCAAACAUGCCGGAGAGAAUAAGCAUUUCGGACUUUGUGAUCCUGACAAACGAGGAUCUGUCUUCGCCGGGGACGUCAAGUUUUCAGUCCAGAAUGAGCGACUGUCGGAACACAGUUUCAAUCGUGGAGGAGUCUCUUGAGAUGGACCACACAACUCUACAGAAGAUGAAGAAGAUGAUCAAAGCUAUCCACACAUCUGGACUCAACCAUGCAGAGAUCAAGGAACAGUAUCUUGAGGUGCUGGAGAACAUGGGGAAUAGCCACCUGACCCAAGACAACAACGAAGUCUCCACAGGCUUCCUCAACCUAGCCGUGUUCACCAGAGAGGUCACAGCCCUCUUCAAAAAUCUGGUGCAAAAUCUGAACAACAUCAUGGCUUUUCCUUUGGAAAAUGUUCUGAAGUCAGAGCUACGGGACAGCAGAUUAGAGCUCAAGAAACAGAUGGAGAAGAGUUGGAAGGAGUAUGACAUAAAAAUAGGGAAGCUGGAGAAGGAGAGGAAGGAGAAGACCAGGCAGCUGGGGCUGAUCAGGACAGAGGGAUCAGAUGGAGGCGAGGACAUGGAGAGAGAGAGACGGACCUUUCAGCUGCAAAUGUGUGAGUAUCUUUUGAAGAUCCAGGAGCUGAAGGUGCGUCAGGGCCCUGAUCUUCUCCAGAGCCUCAUCAAAUAUUUCCAGGCCCAGCUCAGUUUUUUUCAGGACGGCUUAAAAGCUGCAGAGAAUCUUGCUCCCUUUAUCGAGAAGCUUGCUGCCUCUGUUCACACGGUGCGUCUGGACCAGGACGAAGAGGUGAAACAACUCACUCAGUUGAGGGAUUCUCUUCGAUUGCUUCUGCAAGUGGAGGGAAAAGAGGAGUACUUGAACAGGAAGAACUCUGGCAACGGGUAUAGUAUCCACCAACCGCAGGGCAACAAGAAGUACGGGACAGAGAAAUCUGGCUUCCUGCUCAAGAAGAGUGAUGGGAUCAGAAAGGUGUGGCAAAAGAGGAAAUGUGGAGUCAAAUUUGGCUGCUUGACCAUCUCCCACAGUACGAUCAAUCGACCGCCGGCCAAAUUGAACCUCCUGACCUGUCAAGUGCGGCCAGACCCAGAGGACAGGAGGACCUUUGACCUGGUCACUCAUAAUCGGACAUACCAUUUCCAGGCAGAAGACGAGCAGGAAUGUGUGAUCUGGGUGUCAGUGCUGCAGAACAGCAAGGAGGAGGCCCUAAACACAGCCUUAGUAGGGGAUCAGCUCCACCUCCAAGACAGCGGGCUCCAGGAACUUUCCCGAGCCAUCAUAGCUGAGCUUCGACACAUGCCAGGAAAUGAGGCCUGCGCUGACUGUGGAGCCCCAGAUCCAACAUGGCUGUCAACAAAUCUGGGCAUCCUGACCUGUAUAGAGUGCUCAGGGAUCCAUAGAGAGCUGGGUGUUCACUACUCCAGGAUCCAGUCUCUCACAUUGGACCUACUGAGCACCUCUGAACUAUUGUUGGCUGUCAGUAUUGGCAACACCCGAUUCAAUGACAUCAUGGAGGCGGGCCUUCCAAAUGACACUGUCAAACCAUUGCCACAAAGUGACAUGAAUGCAAGAAAGGAGUACAUUGUGGCAAAGUACGCUGAGCGUCGUUAUGUUCUGCGCAAAGAGGAAUCGGAUCCUGGCCGGCUAUAUGACGCUGUGAGGAGUCGAGACCUCACUUCUCUUCUGCAGCUCUAUGCUGAGGGAGCAGACCUGGCAAAACCACUCGUACUACCUGCUGAACAGGGGAUCAAAGAGACGGCUCUCCAUCUUGCUGUGCGUAUAGAAGAAAGAAGCUCUCUUGCGCUGGUGGAUUUCCUUUGCCAGAACAGCAACUGUCUGGAGAAGAGAACAGCAGAAGGAAACACAGCUCUCCACUACAGUGUCCAACAUCACAAGCCCGAAUCUCUAAAGUUGCUUCUAAAAGCAAAAGCAGCCCUACACACAGUGAACUCUGCAGGAGAGACUGCCCUUGAUAUCGCCAGGAGGCUGCAGCACAUGCAGUGUGUUGAGCUGUUGGAGCUGGCUCAGAGUGGGAAAUUCAACUCUCAGAUACACGUAGAGUUCAUGUGGGAGACUCAGUCUCAGGAGUUCUAUGACAGUGAGGAUGACCUGGAUGAGAAGGUGAGCCCAUUACCAAAAAACCGAUCCCCUCUGUCCUCAAAUGGAGGUGGUGGAACUUCCUUUGCCCGCUGGAGCAUGGCUAAUUGUGCCAAUGGUAAUGCUGGUAGCAGGCCUUGUCAGACGUAUGAAAACCUAGACUUCCUAUACAGAAAUCCUCCAGCCAACAGUGCCCCCUCUGGAUUAUCAAUGCCACCACCACCACUGCCUGCUAAAUCCAUACAGAGAGGUCGCUCAGACCCCCAGAUCUCCGUCACAACACAGGAAGGAAACCCCUUUCCGAGACGCAGCUCUAACCCGGCCUCCCACUCCUCCAGUCCCCAGACACAGGCAAGACACAGCCCUCCUUCACCCAACACAGAUAACCAUGGCCAAGGGGGAAGACCACCUAGGUCUCCCCACGGACAGGGAGGUCUGUUCAGGGGACAGAAGCAGACCUGGGAGGGUCAACCUGGUGCUAGUUCUGCAUCUCAAAGCAUCACGCCAGCAUCUUCUCAGAACCACAUAGGGCCUGUUAGUUCAGAGAAGACCACAUCCUACCGUAGGACCAGUAGUGGAGGAGGCAGCCAGGGGAAGUGUGGCGUGUUGUCUCCCAGCUGUGUGGGCAGCCAGGAGGAGCUGUACUGCAGUUUGCUGGGGAAUAGUCCAGGCCUCGCGUUAACUCCCACUCCAGCCCAGUCAUCCUCAUCUGCUGUGACGUCUGCCCCACGACCCCGCAGGAACGCCAUGGUUUCUGGCAGCAGGCCCCAUCAGAAGCGUGUCAAGGCUUUAGUAGACUGCAGGGCCGUCAGCUCUGAGCAGCUUGCCUUUUUCAAAGAUGAGAUCAUUGUGGUCACGGCCACUAAUGACUCCCACUGGUGGGUUGGUCACAUAGAGGGGGACCAAUCCAGGAAUGGGUCCUUUCCUGUCAACUAUGUACACAAACUGACAGACUGAGGGGACAUGGACAUAUGAAGGUACCUUGUGGUAUCAUACCAGAGGAACUGAACCAGCAUGGGAUGCUUAUUGGAAUAUUAUUACCAUCACAAAGUAGAUUUGAUCUACAGGAGAAGACUGUUCUAUUCUUCAGGAUCUAACUUGGAUUUACUCGAAUUCAGACUGAUUGUUUUUGGAGCAAAUUCAGAAUACUUCCACAUGAGGAUAUACCAGCCAAGGAAACCUGAGGAUAUAACUGACACUGUUUUAGGGAUUUAUACCCUUUAACAUUUUCUCUUGCUGGAAACCAACAAGGGAGCAGAAGGUUUGGACAGCCCCAUGAAGCCUAUAAUUCCAAGGACAGUACUUCCCUUGUUGAUAUAUCCUUGGUUUUCUGUCUGCAACAUAUUUUUCUAGUUGUCUAAACCCUGAAUCACUAUUAAUAGGUACAAAUGCAUUUGUGGUUGGGGUAGAAAUUGCUCUCAUGUCAACUUGACCAUUAAUCACACAUUUGUAUUGCAGAUUGUUUAUGUUGGAUCUGUUCUUAGAGACAAAACGUACCUGCAGGGCAAAUCCCUUUAAGGCACUUUAAACUCAUUCCGAAGAUAUCUUCUGAAGACUUGGCAGAGCUGUAAAUGUGUACAAAGCCAGCUGCUAUAUAAGGAUAUAGCUGCUUCUUCUUCUGAAUGGAAACUGGCUAGCCAUUUAAAUCACAGUGUACUGAGACUUGGAUGUGAGUUUCAAACCUGUCCAGUGUCUGUUACUGCCAGUCUUGGGACUCUGAAAAGUGGCGUUGUGCCUGCCAGUCUGUCUCCCUACAAAAACGCCAGGCGUCUGCCCAGGAUCCAGAUCUGAAACUUUAGCUCAACCAUCUUGAUUCUGGGCACAACUCUCUGGCUUCAAGGAUAGGGGAGGAUCCAGUUUCUCCAGGCUCCAGGCAUCUGUCUCCGGAGAACCUGGAAUAACGACAUUGUGUUGGGAAAAAAAGACUCUCAGUUCUACCAGGAAAUGGCACUUAAAGAGGGCUUGUUAGUAACAGCACCCCACUGCAGUAAUUUGUUCAGUGAACACACAUUUACUGUAGGCACGUGUGUAUCACACCAGAUACACACAAGCACACUUGCACUUACUGAACACGAAGAGUAGUUUCCAGGAUUUAGAAACCUUAAGGGAAGAAAGGGGAGUCUGGAUGUGACUGUUCCUUUUUUAUACUAGUAACACAAAUGCAACACAUUUCACAGCAAUUACACACAAUUUGUUGUACAUACUUGUCUAAAAAUGUCCCCUGAUGUACAUAACUCCUGCUUUUUCAUCUGUUCUGCAUUUUAAAGGAUUGUGUUAUUACAGAUAGCGUCACCAGAUGUUGUUAAUUUGAUGUCAUGUCUCUUCUUUUCUGCAUUAGUAGCAGUUUGAAUAGCUGUCAGAGGGUGAAACGCUCACUGUAUUUAGAAAAGAAGAUGUCUCAUUAAACUGAAAACAAACACUGAUGUGACAGUGAUAAGUAAAGGGGGGCAGGCAGCAGGUGUUCCCUUCCUUUUAAUAAUUCCUCGGUUUACACAAACUAACGAGAAUUGUCCUUGCUUGUCAGUUUCUGCGGAUAUUAUCUUGUUACAAUGUUGAUGAAUAAGCAAACAAAGCCUUAGACUGGUGUGUCAUCAGAUGAAUGUGAGACAGUAAAUGUAAAUACUGUAAGUAGAAAUCUGUCAAAUGUAAUCAGUAGCAAAUUAGCUCAUUUUAGUGAGUUUGUAAUAUACACAUUAAAUAUGUUUAAUAAAGGAGCAUACAGUUUUAAAGUGUAAAUUAGGUGAUAUCUUUCUGUACCUGGCGUCAGUAGAGCUGACUAAUGUAGUGUGGCUGGCUCAAAGCCUCAGAUCAAUCCAGUCCAAAGGUACUGAGUGUUUUAUUCUCAAUGCAAGCACACAUUGCUUAAAUAAUUAAGUACGUUUGGCACUGGGCAAGCACAAACAUAUUCCUUAGUAAUGUGUAUUAUAUAACUCUGUGUGACAGGAGUUUUGCAGACAAUACUACCUUCUGCAGACUUAUACUGCACAGUAUGUUGAAAAAUACAAAUUUACAUUUUCGUACGGCAAGAAAUGGAUUGCAAUUUAGCAGAAUUUAACAGUGCUGGCAUGAAUGUAAUUGCAAGUACACACAAGUAUACCCAGUGCAGGUUACCCAAGUAUUACAAUUCAAAAUCCAUGAAUUCAAACUCAUAUAUUAGCUUUAAUUACAUACCAAUGAAAUGUAAGACUGCCUUACUUUCUUCUUUCAAAAGAAAAGCCAUAAGACGGUAAGACCUGUAAGACUAUUUCAAAAUUUAGGAGCUUUAGCAGGGCGUUGCUGACAAAAACACCCACAGUAAAUAACAAUUAAAAUGCUCUGGUAUUGAACUUAACAACUGGUUCCCAUGUAUAUACAUUUUAACAGUUGCAUUUGCACUUCUCGCUGUCAUUUUCUGAUGUCCUCCCAUCUUUUUCAUUGUGAUACCCAUUAUGCCUCCCUAAAACUAUCCCUCCAUCCAUCUCUCUUGGCAGCUUUCCCUGCAGCUCUCUGUCCUUCCAGCCUCAUUUCGUCUCCAUCCGGAUGUUACUUAGCCCUGACCCUGUGUCCCAGAGCCAGGAUGAUGAAAUUCCAACCUGUCACUUACAUAACAGUCCACCUUGCUAACAGCCAGGAUAAUGAUGCUGCUAUUCUCUUUUUCAUGCACACCCAUAUGACCCCAUUGGCCUGCAUGUGUGUACUAAUGUAUACAAGAAGCACUCUCUGUCAAAUGCUACUCCUUAAAUACACUGUAUAGUAAAUGUAUUCACUAAUGCUCUCAUCCAUUAUGUGUUUAUAUCUGCACACACAGACACUAGACACAGUAACACAGAUAUAUUUAAUGUUAUGUACACACUGUGGAAUAUAAUAGUAAUCCAUGAAAUGCCUUUACUAAUCUCUGGGCUCCGGGUGGAGAAGAAGUGUGGCUUGGGUCCAUUAUUAGCUUUUUUUUUUUUUUUUUUUUUUUUUUUUGUGGUCUGUA